AUGUCCGACUCGUCCGGAUCAUCCAAGUUUGGCGAGCUGCAACUGGGCACCAGCGGUCCGCUGGAAUGCGCUCUGCGCGGCCCAAUGAUGCUCAAGCACACCGUCUUCAACAAGGGCUCGGCCUUUACGGCAGCGGAACGUCGUGCCUUUGGCCUGACCGGUCUACUUCCUGCCAGCGUGCAGACGUUGGAGCAGCAGGUCGAGCGAGCCUACCAGCAGUACAGCAGCAGGCCCAAUGACCUGGCCAAGAAUACGUUUCUGUCCUCUCUGCGCGACCAGAGCCAGGUGCUGUUCUAUCGGCUUGCCCAGGACCACAUCAAGGAGAUGUUCAGCGUGCUCUACACGCCCACCGAAGGCGACGCGAUCCAAAACUACUCGCGCCUGUUCCGGCGGCCAGACGGCCUCUUCCUCAACAUCCACGAGGUCGACCGGGUCUUCCGUGACAUGUCGCAGUGGGGCCGACCCGAGGACAUCGACUACAUUGUCGUCACGGACGGCGAGGAGAUCCUCGGCAUUGGCGACCAGGGCGUCGGUGGCAUCCUGAUCUCGCUGGCAAAGCUGAUCCUGACCACGCUGUGCGCCGGCAUCCAUCCCAACCGCACUCUCGGCGUGGUGCUCGACUGCGGCACCGACAACGAGCAGCUGCUGAACGACCCGCUCUACCUAGGCCUGCGCGAGAAGCGUGUCCGCGGCAGGCCCUAUGACGUCCUCGUCGACACGUUUGUCAAGUCAGCCCGCAAGCUGUUUCCGCGCGCGUACAUCCACUUUGAGGACUUUGGCCUCAACAACGCCAGACGCAUCCUCGACAUCUACCGGCCGCAGAUUCCCUGCUUCAACGACGACAUCCAAGGCACCGGUUGCGUGACCCUGGCCGCCAUCCUGUCGGGCCUCCACGUCAGCCACAAGACUCUUGCCGACCUGCGUAUGCUCAUCUUUGGAGCUGGCACUGCCGGCGUCGGUAUUGCCGAUCAGGUGCGAGAUGCCAUCGCGACAGCAGGAGGCAUCAGCAAGGAGGAAGCUUCUCAGCUCAUCGACAAACCCGGCCUGCUGACGAACGGCCUGGAGCUGUCCAGGGCGCAACAAUCGUAUGCCAGGGACCAGGCCGAAUGGGACGGCAAGAAGACAGACCUACUCGGCGUGAUUGAGACCAUCCAUCCCAACGUGCUUGUCGGCACAUCGACGGUACCGGGCGCAUUCACCAAGGAUGUGGUGCAGGCCAUGGCGGCACACACGGAUCGGCCGAUUAUUCUGCCGCUGUCCAACCCGACACGACUACACGAGGCGGUGCCGGCAGACCUGCUGGCCUGGACGGAUGGCCGAGCGCUGGUGGCAACGGGGUCGCCGUUCAAACCAGUGCGCGGCCCGUGGGGCGAAGACGGCGAAGAGGUGGAGUUUGAAAUUGCCGAGUGCAACAACUCGGUCGUCUUCCCAGGCAUCGGACUGGGCUCGAUUUUGUGUCGGGCCAGCCGGGUGACAGACCGGAUGCUGGUGGCAGCCGUGGAGGCCGUGGCCGAGCUCAGUCCAGCGCUCAAGGACCCGCGCAAUCCGCUGCUGCCGGGCGUUGAGUCGGUGCGUCAGGUCAGCGUAUGCAUCGCGCGCAAGGUCAUCCACGCGGCCGUGGACGAGGGUGUGGCCACGGAGCACGACAUCCCGCUGGACGACGACGAGCUGCUGGCCGAGUGGAUCCGCGAGCAGAUGUGGAAGGCCGACUACCGGCGGCUCAAGUGCGUGCCUGUGGAGUACGCUAGCUAUGAGGCGUUGGGGCUGCAGCGGCAAGCCGGCACGUUUAGUCGUCGUGACAGCUGGGCGUAG